GGUGGGGAGACUUCUGCGGAUGAAAGGUGUUUGGAAACCUAGGUCAAACUUCCCUACAUCUGAAUGCACAGACACAGACAUGAAUGCUUCAAAUGCACCAGGAAGAUAAACCCUUUGCCUGUGAAUUCCUUCCCUUCGGGACACUCUCGCGGGAAGUGGCGGGGAUCAUCCUGGAGCUGGACGUGGUCAGUUCAGCCGUGGAGGUGAAGGCGAUUGGGACGGUCGGAGCUGCUGUGGCCGAUGGAAAGAGCUAUGUAAUCACUGAGAAGUCUGGGUCAAUUCUAACUAUUGGGCUUAACAGGCCAGAGGCAAGGAAUGCUAUAAACAGGACCACAGCCCAACAAUUAUUGGAAGCGUUCACUGCUUUUGAGAGCAACAGGGCUUUAACUGCAGCUGUAUUAUAUGGACAAGGGGGUAACUUCUGCGCUGGUUAUGAUUUGAAGGAGUUAGCUCACGCUGCUGUGGAUGCUAAGUAUGAACAAGAUGUCUCCAAAGACCCAGGUCCUUGGUAUGGCCCAUCCCGGAUGCAGUUUUCAAAACCCGUGAUAGCUGCAGUGAGUGGCUAUGCGGUAGCUGGAGGAUUAGAAAUCUCGUUGUUGGCUGACCUCCGAGUAAUGGAGAGAAGUGCUAUCAUGGGAGUCUUCUGCAGGCGAUUUGGUGUUCCACUGAUCGAUGGAGGCACAGUAAGAUUACCAAAGCUAAUUGGAUUAUCCAGGGCAUUAGAUCUUAUUCUGACUGGACGUCCCAUUGGUGCACAAGAAGCCUUGGAAUUUGGCCUUGCCAAUCGAGUCGUCCCAGAUGGUCAAGCUCUUCAAUAUGCCCUGGAGUUAGCAGAGCAGAUAUCUGCAUUUCCCCAGCACUGCAUGUAUGCUGACAGAGCCUCUGCUUAUUACAGCAUGUUUGAUGCCUCAUGCUUCACUCAAGCCUUACAGUAUGAAUUUGACAAUGCUAAAGAUGUGAUUUCGAAGGAAUCCAUUUCUGGUGCAAAGAAUUUCAUCUCAGGAACUGGAAGGCAAGGAAAAUUCACUUAACCUCUAAAAUAUCCAUACAAAGAUAUCUGAACCACUAGAAGCGUUUUUUUUUGUAAAGGGAAAGAUGGAUGGGACAGUUUUGUUGUCCUGAUUGCACUGCCUGAUUUUAAUGUUCUGAUUCUUACAGGUUCAAAUCCCAGUAAUUACUAAUAAUUGUUUUUUUUAAAAAGAGAAUAUUUCUUUGAAUGCAUUUCUGAGGGGUGUUGUUUAAUCUCGCAGCUGGGUAAAAGCUGUCUAGAAAUAAAAGGGGAAAAGUAGAGUAAUUUUUUAUGAAGUUGACAACAGUGAGAAUUUGUCUUUAUUUAACUUAAUGUUGAUUAAUUUUACAAGAAAUAGCUGUGAGAAAACUCUCAUUAAGAACUAAAAUGUUGGUAGAUCAAACGUAAAUUAUGUAAUAAAAGAGCAAAAGAUGUUUGAUGCACUCAGCCGUUCAGGCAGCGUCUGGGCAGAGAGAAAAACACAAACUCCCCACAGACUAAUUGAGAAUGUCCAGCAUUAUCUGCUUUAUUUCAGUUCCAGCACCUACAAUAUUUGCUUUUUUGUUCUUGAGCAUAAGUUGAAGAGAACUGUCUUUUGGUGUUUUUUGUCAUUAUUUGAUUGUUAAGAACAGCUAAAUUUUGAGAAUGGUUUGUUUAAACAUACAUUUUAUGUGAACCAAACAAACCCUGCCUCUUUGGUGUGAUGCCUGAAAUUUUGCAACACUUCCCGUCACCAACAUCAGCUUCCAACAAAAGCUUGGUUGAAGGUCCAAGUGUUGAGCUUCUGGGUUUUGGCUUGCAAAGCAAGUAUUGCACUAUGCUGAGGUAUGUUCUUACUAGGUACAGAGUUGUCCCGAUUCAUUGAAUAAAUGGGGAAUCAAAGAAUUGCUGAACUGCAGUCCGAAACAUUCCAUGUACUGAAAAAACCUAGAGCUCGGUCAGAUAAAUUUGAUUACAUACUGAUUGUGAAAUGUUGCCUCAAUACACCUCACACCCUCAGACACCAAGUACUAAGAGCAAAUGAGCUGCAUUUUUCCCCAGCAAAGAAGAAUUCUGGAUGGCGUCAUCCUAUAUUUUCUUUGUUCACCACACGGUCAAAUUAUUCCCUUUUUUGUUGUUCAUUCACAACCUUGUAAGAGAAGAUAUUUCUCCUCAUCUCUCCCCUAAAUGGACAAUUCUUUAUUCUGAAACUAUG